AUGGUGGCCAUGAAGGAGAAGCUCUUGCAAGGCAAGAAGAUGAGAAGGUACUGUGGUACGCCAAGCCCCUCAUGGUACCUAAGAAACCCAGAGUCGCCCCUCAGACCAAGGAUGACUGAGGGUAAGAUGUUUGGACAUAUUGCUGGCAAGCCUUGGGUCUCCGUCGUAGACUGCGGGAAUGCGUUCAACCAAAUCCCGUUGGAGCGUAAGAGCAAGGACAUUCUGACUUUGGACUCAGUAAGACAGGUACAAGUAUCUUACCCUUCCAUUUGGAAGCACCGAAGCGUCGUGGCGACUCCAAGAGACACUGUAUCGUCUCUUCGAUGA